AUGAUGCGACCGAAAGACUUACGCCAGGGCUCUGGUACCAAGACUUUCCUGGAUGCCAUGCAUGCUGGCAAAGUUCACCUUGCACGUUUUAUCCUGGAUGCCUUGGAUGGACGCAUCAUCAACUCCAAGACAGAGAACAGCCGCACACCACUCAUGUAUGCCGUUUGCCUACAAGACCCCGGAACCAGGCCCAAGUUCACCCGGAUGCUGCUGGAAAAAGGUGCAGAUGUCAACUGCCAGGAUGAGGAUGGUCGCACAUCCCUGAGCCAUGCCUGCGAGGUGGGUCACCUGGAUGUCGUCAAGCUCCUGGUGCAGUUCAACGCAGACCCGGACAUCACAGAUGCCUGGGGCAACAGCGCUCUCAUGUACGCUGCCUUUGCUGGACACAGUCAGGUUCUGGAGUUCCUGGUCCGCGCUUUCAAAAGACUGGGACUGAGGCUGGACAGAACCAACAACGCCGGACAUUCCGCAAUUGAGGUGGCCAACUUCUUCGGACAUAACCAGUGCAUCCAGAUUCUGAACUUUCUGGGCAGGAGAGGUGUAAGCACGGAUGAUCCGCCCGCUGAUGUGAGUACCAUCGAUGAGGGAGAGUGCCGGCAGCCCAACAAGCUCCCCAAACAUGUUCUGGAGAGAUUCUCCAAGCAGUUGAAUAAUGACGACCAACUGCCCGGGGUAUUUCAGAGGCAGCUGAAGAUUGGAGACAGCAGCGGGCUGUGGAACCGCUUCAAGUGUCCAAGGAGCCAAUCGCAAGAAGAGAACCUCCGGCACAGCUGGGCUCUGCCUCCUCAGCCAGAGAAGAGCCGAACUGAGGAGGAUCACAGCGUUGUCUUCACUGCCAAACAACUGCAAAACUGCCAGCUAAGGGAGCUAAGAGGGGCUAAAACACUGACCGAGCCAAGCCAGAAAGCUGUCAGCCAAGGAAUCCCCAAGAGAACACCAGAGAGUCUUCCUCUCUGGGGAAAAGCUAAGUCGUUUAACCUGGACCUUGUGAGCAGCAGAAAGCAGUCCUAUCAGGGGGAUGUGUGUGACAUGAGCCUGUCAGCCAGCAAAUUAAAGAGAGCCUCGCUACAGGAUGAGAGAUGCCUGAUAGACAAGACGCAAUGUCAAGGAAACACCCGGGGUCUGACAAACAACGCCGACAAAACUGUCCCUGUGCCAAAACCUCUUUCAAACGGCAAGAGUCUGCCCGCGAUAGCACUCGAGGAGAAUGUCAAAUCCCAGAAAGAAGAGGCUAAUGACACAGCCCCGCCGAGCAGGAGAGAGCAGCCGAAGAGGGGGAGCUUGGGGCCGAGCGGCAGAAACAACAAACUACUCUUCGCCAGAGGGGAGAUGGAGUCGGGGAAGAUCCCCGGCCGCACGCCCGGCUUCGUCGGCCUGGGGACCAGACUGUUGCGUCGAUUCACGGCACCGGAGUUCAUGAGGAUGGUGAUAGACUGCUCGUCUGGCUCCUCCAACGGCAGAGGGAGGAUGUCCCGUUCAGAGACCUUCCCGCUCUCUCACACGCACCAGCAGGUCAACAGCCAGCCGAGCGUCGACAGCAUCAGUGGAGUCAAGUGUGAGUUUGAAAGCUGCUCGUCUCAGUCCACCCUCGAUUAG